UCAUUACCUCAUCACUACUUUUAGUAAGCAUUGGCCUUAUGCCAAUAUGGCGUAUAAAUGAUUAAACUGAAGUUGAUAUUUCUAAAAAAUAUUAUAAUAAUUACUGCUGUAACAUAAUUUAUUGUGAUUUGUGAUAAUUCAAGUUAAUAAUUCUUAAUAUAGUUUUUGAAAAAUAAGUAUAAGUUUGUGAGGUACUAUGGCUGUUUCAAAAUCAACAAAUACGUAUAAUCGUCAGAAUUGGGAAGAUUCGGACUUCCCAAUUCUGUGCCAAACAUGUCUUGGAGAUAACCCCUACAUUCGAAUGACGAAAGAAAAAUACGGGAAAGAGUGUAAAAUAUGCGCUCGACCAUUCACAGUGUUCCGCUGGUGUCCUGGCGCCAGAAUGCGUUUCAAGAAAACUGAGAUCUGUCAAACUUGUUCGAAACUCAAAAAUGUUUGUCAAACGUGCCUAUUGGACUUGGAGUACGGUUUGCCAAUCCAAGUGCGAGACGCCGCCUUGAAGAUACAGGAUGAUCUACCUCGUAAUGAAGUGAAUAAGGAAUAUUAUAUCCAGAAUCUUGAUAGUCAAUUGUCGAAUUCUGAUCCAACACAGCCGUCAAACUCCGCCUUGAAAUCCAAAGGUGCCUCUGACCUGUUGCUGCGUUUGGCGAGAACUGCACCUUAUUACAAGAGAAAUAGGCCUCAUGUCUGCUCAUUCUGGGUAAAAGGGGAGUGUAGGAGAGGUGAAGAGUGCCCAUACCGCCAUGAGAAGCCAACAGACCCUGAUGAUCCAUUGGCAGAUCAGAAUAUUAAGGACAGAUAUUAUGGUGUAAAUGACCCUGUUGCCGAGAAGUUGAUGCGUCGAGCUGCUGCGAUGCCUGCUCUACCUCCACCUGAAGAUAGAACUGUUACUACUCUCUAUGUCGGGAAUCUGCCUGAUAAUAUUACAGAAGAUGAAUUGAGAGGCCACUUCUACCAAUACGGAGAGAUAAGGUCCCUUACUUUAGUGCCGAGAGCCCAAUGUGCCUUUGUCCAGUACACCACUCGCGCAGCAGCGGAACACGCCGCCGAGAAGACGUUUAAUAGAUUAGUUAUCGGAGGCAAGCGACUCACUAUUAAGUGGGGUAAAUCGCAGGGUCGUCAAAGUACAAAUGAGAAGAAUGAAAUUGCGCCAGUUUUGGAGCCAGUGCCUGGACUACCAGGAGCUUUACCGCCACCACCAGCUUACUUGCAUCCGUUCCCACCACAGAUGCCUCCACCACCAAAUCGCCCGAACGACUUCUUCAACCUGCAUCAUUAUGGCGCGCCUGGCGUGGGAGGUGCGGGUUGGGGCCCGUGGGCGCCGCCAGUGCCUCCGCCGCCUGCACCGCUGGGACUGCACUACCCCAGCCAGGACCCUGGCCGCCUCGGUGCGCACGCGCAUGCCAACGCGCCGCAGACAUAACACACAAACAAGUGAAUUGUGACAUUGUUUUGAAAAGUGAAGUAUCUUCAUGCAAUGUUGGAUAACUUCAUUUUUAUAAUGGCGGUAACAAUUCACUACAUAUACACAUAAAAUUAUGGACAGAAUGGGGUGUGAACUUGACUUGCAUGAAAUUGAGUUAUGAUAAAUCUGUUACUAAAAAGUUGCGAAAUGUGAAACAAUUUGGCUUUACGCAACUUUUGUUAGCAAUUAAUAACAUAAUUGUCUAUUUUUACGCUGAGUUUUUUCAGUACAAAAUGUAGUUAGUCUGUGUGCUGUUGUAAAAGUUUCUUUUGCCACUAGGGUUUGAAUUUCAACAUAACCCUGAAUGUCAGUUUCGUAGCCACUGUAAUUACAUGUCUAUUAAUAUUUGGCUUCUAAGUUAUGCAAAGUCUGUGUUCAUAAGGAACUUCUUUAAUAUGUUAAUAAUGUAAAGACAUAAAAUAAUCAGAUAUUAUUAAAAAAACAAAACACCCAUGCAGUUGUAUUGUGUUUGGGUGUAUAAUCCUAUUUGAAUAAGUGAUAACUUAUUUGAUUUCUCAAGUAAUACAGUGUCAUAAAACACUGGUCUGACUGCACUCAUACUGUAAGACCCGGCUUUAGUUGUAAGAACUAUGUGUUAUUAGUCAUGUAAAUAUACAAAUCAAAUUAUAGUUGUAUGCAUAUCAGAACUUUACUUACAGAUAAUAGAUCUAUGUUUUAUACAUAGAUUGUUUUUUAUUGACACCAAUUUCUUCCCAUUAUAGAUACAGAUUUCAGAUCUUAACUAUCUAUACCAGAUUUCAAAUUACAACCCCAAUAAGCAUUUUCCUAUCAAUCGCGAAAAUGUAUCAAUCAGUAAUCAGGUUUGAUGUAUGGUGGGUCAACUUUUAUUGAAAUUCAUAAACUGAACAAAAGGUUUUAUGAUUUUACUGAGUGUAUAGUUUUAUCCUUAUCGUUUUUAUCCAUUUCAGUUGGUGAUUGUCAUUAGCAAAGUAAUAAGUUUUACUAAAAUGUAUAUAAAACAUGAAAAAUUUUUUGGUAUUUAAAUAAAAUAAUGAAACAUUCUGAAA